AUAGUCCCUGUUGCUAAGAUAUUUGAUAAGUUUAGAUAUUACACAAGAUGACGCAACAACGUGUAUGUGUUUUGAAAUUAAUUAACUCAAUUCACGUUUAAAUGCUCGGAAUGGGCAGUCAACAGUAUUAUUUUAUUCAGUCCAUUAAUAACCAGUGCUUGUGUUCAAUCCUGUGUUUUUAAACAUUUAUUUGGUAAGUUUUAUAAUACGAAACUCCAAUAUCCAAAAUGCGGGACAAUCCAAAUAUAGCAGUAAUCGGCGCAGGAGUGAUCGGCACGACAGUGGCCAAACUCUUUCAAGACCAACUCAGAAACGCAAACAUCACAGUCAUAGCCGAACAGUACUCAGCAGACACUACCAGUGACAUUGCCGCUGGUAUCUUCAAACCAGGCACAAGUUUUAAGGGACCCACUAAUGAAAUUACUAAAAAAUGGCUGAAUGACUCAUGGCAGUUCUGGCAAGAUAUUCUCAAGACCCCCGACGCUGAAAAAAUGGGUGUAAUGCCAUUAGGGUGUUAUAUAUUUUCAAAGGAAAACUACCAUGUCACUAGAAAUCAUCUUAUCGAAGAUUUGGUGCCAAUCUAUCGUCCUGCUACGAAAGAGGAACUCAAAAUGGGACCUGAAGGAACCAAAUUCGGAUCCUACUUGUCAACAUUGAAAGUCGAAAGCGAGCGCUAUUUGCCAUGGAUGGGAAAAAUAAUAGUCGAGAGGGGCGGUCAACUGAAACGCGGUAAAGUGGAGAGUUUUGCGUCACUCUCAAAUUACGACCUUGUUUUUAAUUGUGCGGGUUUAGGUGCGAAAUACUUAUGUAAUGAUUACGAUCUAGUGCCCAUAAGAGGACAAGUGAUAAAGGUCAAAGCUCCCUGGGUUAAAUACUCAUUUUAUGGGGAUUAUGAUACGUAUAUUAUACCGGGUCUGAAUGGGGUGGUCACAUUGGGUGGGGUAAGGGGUUAUGACAGUUAUAAUUUGAAUUAUUGCAAGUACGACGCAGCUGCCAUAUUGGAGCGUUGUUGCGAGUUUCUUCCUGAUUUGAAAAAUGCGGAGGUCGUUGCGCAUAAAGUAGGUCUGAGGCCUCAUAGAUCGCCAGUGCGAGUGGAGCCUGAGCUGAUUGAUGGUUUGAAAGUGGUGCAUUGUUACGGGCACGGUGGGAAUGGAGUGGCGACUGCGCCGGGCACCGCUAUCGAUGCAGUAGAAAUGGGUCUAAAUUUCUUGCGUAGUAAUGUAAGGAACAAACUUUAGAGCUUUAAUAAUCUUAAUAUCGCCAAAUAGCUCUUACAGUGGCGUAAUUUAACGUAGGUAAUAAGUACAAAUGUCAAAGUAGAAGCUAUUGAACAAAGUUAUGAAUUUUAAUAAAUAAUAUCGAGUACCUAUUCUAGACAGUAGGUAACAAAGUCGUCGGCACAGGCAAGUUGUAAAUAAACUUAUCGUUGUCAGAAGUAGGUAGGUUCUUACCGACCUGAUAGAAUGGAAUGAUGUUAUUUUUUUAAUUACGUCAAUAAUACAGUAGUAUGACAUAAA